UCGUUCCGGGAGUGGAGCGGAGCCGCGGCUGCUCUGGGCUCCGGGCGUGCGCCCCGGUCGAGCGGCCACGACCCUGGGAGGCCGCAGAAGGCUGGGGGUGGGGACAGGCCGAGGUCGCGGCUCCUCCAGCCCCUUCCGCCGCCCCUCCUCUCGCCUUCCUCGCCCUCUCUUCUCUGGUCGGCCCGUGAGGCCGCGGGCUGGGCCUUUCACCUUCAAGCAAAGCUAUGAAGUAGCGGGCGCUGCGGCUCCUGGCGCCCAGCGGGACCCGGGGCGGGACGCGCUCCCCGGGCGAGGCCUGCGGGCCAUAUUACCGCCCUCCCGCCGGCCCGGAUUCAGGGCAGGUCCGGCCUGGGACUCUGCAGCAGCCCCGGACAGGGAGAGCGGGGCAGGGCCUCGCCUCUCCGAGGGAUGGAGGGGAUGGAGGCGGCAACCAAGCCCGCGCACCGCUCUCAAGCGUCCAGGUCAGGGAGCAGAACCCCAAGCCCCAAGCGAGUGACUCCAGCUAUGGCCAGACAUGGUGCUGAGCAGCCAAGCAGUCGACCUCUCCAGAGACUUUCACUCUGCCCCCAGGAAGACCGACCAUCUAACCUGAUGCCCCCCAAGCCUCCCAGGACAUGGGGGCUGCAGAACCAAGGUCCUUCUGUGCUGGAGUCCAAGGUGAAGGCCUUGAAGGAGAAAAUGACAGCAGAGAAACAGGGGACAAAUCCCCGUCCCACUUCCUGUGAGCAUCCAUCCACCACAAAAUCCAAAUGCCACCAUGUCAAGCCUGGAGCGGUCUGGAGCCUACCAGAGGGCUCUACUCUACCAGAUGCCCUUGUGGUCCCCCAUGCUCAGAACCCUAAUGAUGGACAUCCGGCCAGCCAUGUUAAUGAGCAGAAACCUGCCAGGAACAGUGGAUCCAAGCCAUCUACUCCUGACAGCUGGAGUGAACAAAGCUGGUGGACUCCAGAAGCAGUGUGGAUGCUGGCCGAUCAUGAGGAGGACCCAGGACCAGGGGCUGGCUCUUUACAAGAAAGUCCCAACAACCAAGUUUCUGCGGGAGAGCCACAGGGGCCUGGUCCCUGCAAAACCACCCACUUAAGCAACCUGAAGAAGGGAAGGCCGUACCCGCUUGGAGAUGGUCUGAACACAAAGGGAGAUCUGGGCAGCACAGCCCUAACCUCCAAGGAGGAUUUAGUUCCCAGGACAGACCAGCCAGAGAUGUUCUGGAGAGCUGGCAGCCUGGAGGCUCUGGGCUCUGCUGCAAAUGCUUUGUCCCUGUCUGAUCAGGUAGAGAGGAACCGCCUCCUGCUGCAGGAGAUGCUGAAGGUUUGCAGACAGAGACCUCCCACCACAGGGAGCCCAGAACGGACUCGAUCCUGGGACAAGGAUGCAUCAGAGCGACCAGCGGGAGACGUGGACUGGGACUCGGGCAACCCCCAGCAGGACUCAGGUCAGAGCAGGACCUUUGUUCCCAAGCUGGAACCUGUGCUGAGCGCCAAGCAUGAGGAAGCCAAGCAUCUGCUCGGCCGUGCCCGCAUGAAGGCCAAGACCCAACCUCUCCGAGCCAGCCAUGAUAUUGUGCCCAUCAUUGCUCAGGGCAGCCGAAAUGGCCAGAGAAGCCCAGCCCCGGAUGUGAGGACCACCUCUGCCUCCAGAGAAAGCCUCCAGAAUGGGAACUUGAACGACCCCUCCAGUGUAGAGUCCAGCAAUGGGCAGUGGCCCAAACAAGGAAUGCCCCUGUCUCAUGUCCGUUUUGAAGAUGAGUCUGCCCGCGAGGCUGAAUUCCGGUACCUGGACCGGCUUCAGCAGCGCCAGCGUCAAGUGUUAAGCGCAGUGCUACACGCUGUGGACCAAGGACCUCUACGCUCCAAACCGGACCUGACCAACUACGUCAACCACAGCGUGGGAAAUGUCUCAUUUCACAGGGCUGUGGGCUGCCUGGACCACAGUAACGUCCCUGCACCACCACCUACAUGGGACAAUGAGAGGAAGUGUCCAGCCUGUGGCAGCUGCCUCAAGGACCAUUGCCCUGCUGAGGGGAGAGCAGCCUCUGACCUGAGGGUCCUCCGGAGUCUCCAGGCUGCCUAUGAGGCCGAGGCAGUACUGCUGGGUCCCUGUAAUUCCCAUGGCUUGAGCUCCCCAUUCCCAGGGCUCCACACAGAAUGGAUCCGGGAAACACACAUCACAGACACUGUUGCCACACACCCUGAGGAGGACUCUGCCCCGGACAGCACCCACAGUUCAGACAGCCAGACAGACAAUAAGGAUGCCAAGACCUCUCAGCCCAGCAGGGCAGGUGAGCAGAUCCACGCCAGCAGCCCACGGGUGUGGCAGCAUGGGUCUAGGCCCCAGGGAGGUCCCAGGUGGUCCAGAAAGGAGACGGUGCUGCCCUGUGGACUUCAGGCCUGGUCUCACCUGCCCAAGCUUGAUGUGGUUGUAGGGGAGGUACCAGAAGCCAGGGGACCCAUACCUCAGGGGACUUUGUUUCUAAAGGAAGAUGCUGUGCCUAAAGCUGCCGUGGAACCUAAGAGUCCUUGGUCCCAGGGGCAGCUUGGACUACAGUUAGGAAGUCACUGGGCCCACCCCGAGGACUGCAGGACUCCAUGCAGGACAGCUUAUGCUGUGCCAUUUUCCAAGAAGCAUGGGUCCUCAGGAUCAGGCCAACCAGAUCAAGUUCCUGAAAGCCAUGAGCCUCUGGAAACUCUCUGCACUUCACCCCACCAACAGAGCCAUGAAGAGCCCUCUGCACCCCUCCCAGCUUUGCAGCCAACUUUGCCCCUCCCCCCUGAUGUGCCAACCCCUCCUUCUUCAAGGAAAUCCCUCUGCCCCAUGCCUCCAAGGAGGUCAGUCCAGACUGGAAAUCACAGGCAGGAGCACCAGGUGGAUAGCCCCCUGCCUCUGUCCCCUCCAAGAACUGUGAUUCUCACCCCACCCCAAACCCAACCCUACAGCCCCCAGGUCAAGCAUCCACUGCUGGACCUGUCCAACAACAGCUACAACAGCAGUGUCCCUCUAGGACUGCAGGGACCCUCAGGAGCAGCUGUCCACAGGGGUAGAUCUGUCAAGGACCAAUGUUAUCAGGAGCCUGGGCUGCCUCUGGAGAGCAAUGGAGAUGCUAUCACCCUCUCCCUCACCUCAGAGGAGCCUGAGCGCAGCCAGGAGCUGGGAGGAGGUCCACAGAGGAUGGACUGUAGCUCUGGAGGCCACAUGCCCAGUGGAGCAUCUCUUGAGGCCAGUGCAGGGCAUAAGCCACCCUCAGUUGCUCAUUCUGAAGGGAACAAGAAAAGGAGGGGUAGUAUUACCUCCACCCUGGGGCUCAAAAAGCUUCUCUCAGCCCUGGGCCACACGCCCCGGCCCAGACUUGGCACAUCCAGAAGCUUCAGUGUGGAACAGCUGCAGCCCUCAGCACUGGCUCCGCAGACCAGCGCGGUGAAAAGAGCCCCAUCAUUACAGCAUCUGGUGUCACCCUCCCAUCAGCAUCGGAGAACAACUUCCUUCCAGAACCUCCAUUCUCUGCUAGGUGGCAAGGGAGACCGGUCUAGCCUUUACCUGGUAGAAGGGUCAGGGGACAGCAGUGCACCCAGCAGGCCAGCCAAGGCCUUUCCCCGUCGUGCCCUCAGUGUAGAAGAUGUGGGUGCCCCCAGCCUGGCUCGUACUGUGGGCAGAGUGGUGGAGGUGUUCCCAGAUGGCACAAGCCAGCUGCAGCUGCAGCGACCCCCAGAGGGCACCUUUGGUUUCUGUGUGGCCUAUGGCAGUGGCCGGCGAGACUCAGGGCUGUAUGUGCAGGACAUGGCUGACCUGGAUACGGCCAAGCUGUACUCAGGGCUCCUUGGGGUAGGGGAUGAGAUCCUGGAGAUGAACGGGGCCAAGGUUGCUGGGCUGGGCUUGGCUCACAUCAACGAGCUGCUGGUGCGUGUGGAGAGCUUGUCGAUUCGUGUCUUGAGACAACGGCCUGUCCCCCAGUGACCCAGAAGUACUGCUGUUCUUGCUGAUGCUCCUUCAGGACCCCUGACCCACACACACAGUAGGAGGGGCUAGAAACGUGCCACCCAGAGAUACCAUGAAUGUAAAAUGCAGUUCACAGAUCAGCCUCUGUCUGGGUGUGGCAGAAGCUGUUCUGAUGGGCCACCUGUAGGAAGAGGUACCUGUGCCCAUUCAGGAUACUAAUUUAUACAGGUCUGGGGACAGGGAAUACUGGUUUCUUCCUUCACAGAAGUUGCCAUGUUCCUUUGUUGGAGCUAGAGAGGACAGCAACUGACUAAUCCUUGAGUUGGCCCUUGAAAGCUGGCCCUUGAGAGCCAGCUUCAGCUUUUGGCCACACUCGCUGAAAAGGCUCCCCAGCCCCCAGCACACCAGACACAGCGUGGCCACAUUGGCUUUGCGCCCCAUCUCUUUCAGCCGUAGCUUGCUUGGUUCCCAUAUGACACUUUGCUUCUGAUCCAGAAAGGGCUCAGUGUCUUGGCACAGCCUGACAGCCAGGAGCACACAUUCCUAACUGUGUGUUCUGUGAAGUAUGGCCUGUCAGGAGCUCUGUGCCCCUUCUGGGUAUGCGAACUUCUGAAAGAAUCUGGGAGCCAGAGUAUUAAGAAUUACUAGGAAUUUUUACGACCAACACAAAGUUGAAAAAUGAAACUAUUGCCAUUUGCAGCAAGUAUGGCCAUGGUACGAAGGAUGUGGGGGGUCAGCCCAGCCCACUCUUUGCCUCCACCCCUGCCUAGUUGUGGCCUGGCCUGGGCGGGCCUUGGUCUUUGUUCUCUUGUCCAGCUUGGAGACAGGGCUGCAGCUGGUGUCUGGCUGUCCCCCAGCUGCAGGGUUUCUAUCCAGACCUCCCUGGUGGCAGCUGUGGGUGGGCAGCAGGUAGGGAGGCUGUGAGCGGGGGGUGGGGGGUGGCCAUCCCACCUAGGCAUAGGGCAGUCUGCUCAGCUCAGACGCUGCUCAAGGGUUCAGGACUCUAGAUGCCUGGACAGGUGUCAGUCUUAAAUUAUUAAAAAGCCAAAGCUGCUUCCACUGGA